UUUAAAUUGUCCGAAACUUCUGGUUACUCUUCACACUACAGCUUUCGUCUUCUCCUAUAACAAAUUAUCUAUCAAUGUGCCUGGUAUCGCAUCUCUCCGCACAACGUCCACACUUAAUCAAAUGACUUACUUGCCAGAGGAACUAUGGCAGCAUAUCUUCAAAUUCUUGACGCCAUCGCAAGAACCCAGAGGGAACUGCUGUCGUGUUCUACGGUGGGCCAAAAGAGCGUGCGGGAACGAAACCCUUGUUUCGAGGCAAUCCUUUGCGUCUCUCUCCCUUGUCUGCAGAGCCUUCGGACGGAUUGGCCAGCCACUCCUCUUCCAGGCGGUAUCUUCGUCGCCAAAGCUUCUGCGGACUUUGGUAGAGCGGCCUGAUCUGUUCAUGGAGGUACGAGAGAGGCAGAUGAAAUGCUGUUCCCAUGGCGCCUUGAGCAGAUUCUUGGGGUCCCUGCUGCAUUCGCUUUUUAAUGUCCCGCUCGAUGAAUUCAAGCCCUUCUGGUUUCUCCCAGCAGCCCAUUUGCAAGAUUCGUAUGUUGGGGAGAAUCAUCAUGAGCAGUGCUUGGAAAGCAAAGCCGUACUUCUCGUUGUGAUUGCGCUGAUCCGCAUCCGCGUCAACCAGUUCGAUACAAGUUGCGAUCACAGGUGGAUCUUUUGCAGCAUUUUCUCGAUCUUCCCACGGUUCGCACACUGCAUGGUUGGCAGCUAG